ACACCUUGUUGGCCGGCUGGGUUUUUUGAUUGCACGGACGGCACGGCAGUAAGUUUUCCGAACUUGGCAGAUUUUUUUUUUCGUUUUUAUUGGAAUAGGAGGAUUAAUUCGAAAUGCCGGUUUUCCACACAAAACUUAUUGAGUCUAUUUUGGACCCGGUUGCCCAACAGAUUUCACAAUUGGUUAUCCUUCACGAGCAAGCGGAAGAUGGCGCUGCAAUGCCUGACCUCACGCAGCCAGUCAGUGCUGUCGCCAAAGCUGUCGGCAACUUGGUUCAGGUUGGCCGGCAGACAAGUGCUACGUCUACAGACAAGGUCCUCCAGGAGGAAAUGCCAGUUGCUUUAGAUAGAGUGGAGAAUGCCAGCAUUAGUCUGAUUCAAGCGGCAAAGACACUCAGACAGGAACCUCUGUCAAGGAGUGCAAGGGAUAUACUCAUCAAUGGAGCUCGAGGAAUUCUUGGUGGGACCUCUGCAUUGCUGUUGUCGUUAGACCAGGCUGAAGUCCGUAAAAUUAUUCGCAUUUGCAAAGGUGUCCAGGAGUAUUUGGCUGUGGCCGAGGUAGUCGAAGGCAUGGAGGAUUUGAUAGUUUAUGUCAAGAAUCUGACACCAGGCAUGACACAGAUGGUGAAAAUGGUAGAUGGCAGACAGGCGGAGCUGACGCAUCAAGUUCAUCGUAACAUGCUCAUUGCCUCCAAAGACAAGAUCAAAAAUCUUCUUCCAGUGCUCAUCUCGAGCAUCAAAAUAUUUGUCACAACCAUCCAAUCACCUGGAAAGCGUGGCCUUGACGAAGCUGCUUCCAAUCGUUUGUACGUUGUCAGUCAGAUGUACCUUGAAAUCGAAGAAAUAAUCCGUGUUCUCCAAUUAACAACCUAUGAUGAGGAUGACUGGAACGUAGAUGAUUUGACAGUGAUGAAGAAAGCAGCUGGCAACAUUACAGCAAGGUUAAAGGGAGCCAAAGACUGGCUUAGUAACCCAAACAGCGCCCCCGGUGGUAUAGGUGAGCAAGCUAUUAGAAUGAUUUUGGAAGAUGCGCGUAAAGUUGCAGCCAGAUGUGAUGACCCGGAGAGUAGUCAAAUCCUGAAGCUAGUUGAUGACAUCAACGUAAUGACCAACGAACUAGCAGAUCUCAGAGCCAGAGGUCAAGGUAACUCGCCACAGGCCCUUCAACUAUCUAGAGUUAUCACAGAGAAGUUGAAUCGUCUUGAGGACCUAGUUGACCACACUGUCAAGAAGGCUGAGAGAAGCGGGGUUCGCAGGCCCGCGUACACUGUCGCCGGAAAGGUCGAGCAGGCUCAGAAGUGGCUAGCCCAACCUGGUGUGGAUGAUGGUGGUGUUGGCCUAAAAGCGAUUAAAGGUGUUAUUGACGAAGGUCGUCGCCUUGCCAACCACUGCAGCGGACAAGACCAGGAGGAGCUUCUGAGACUCAGCGAUGAGACUGAAAUAUUAUCCAAUGAGUUGGCAAACUUGUGUGGCAGGGGAAUGGGUAACAGUCCCCAAGCUCAAGCCCUCUCCAGAAGGCUAGCGGACAAGUUGGAACAACUCAAGUACAAGAUGGAGGAGAUUCUUGUUAAGCAGGUUGCUGAAGAUUUCAUGGACACUGUGACUCCAUUAAAACAACUUACUGAAGCAGCUUUGGCACCGGCAGAUUAUCCAAACCGUGAGCAGAAUUACACAACCAAAGCAGAGUUCUUCUUGGAGCGCAGUAACAAGCUGGCAGAUACGGCGCGUAUGAUUGGCCAAGCCGGCGGCUCAAAUGAUAAGCGACUUGUAGAAGAAAUCAAUGCUGCCGCCAAUCAGGUGGAUGCCCUUACCCCUCAAGUGAUAUCAGCCGGCCGUCUUGUUCUCUACCACCCCAAUAGUACUGCUGCUGUGGAGCACUUUGAUCUGUUGAAGAAGGAAUGGACCAAUAACACCAAUAAUUUGACCCGACUUGUUGAUGAUGCAACUGAUUCAGUGGAAUUUAUCAAAGCCUGUGAGGAUGUUAUUCGCAAAGAGACCGUUGAAGCAGAGUUUGCCGCUAGUCAGGAACAACCAGUUCCAUUUAUCAAGAGUACCUCAAAGAUUGCCAGGUGUGCCCAGCGUGUUGUCAUGGUUGCGCAACAGGAGGCAGACAACUCUGAAGAUCCCACGUUUGUCGAGGCAGUAAGCAAAGCCGCUGAGGAACUUGAAACAUCUAUUCCAGUAUCCGUAGGAUAUGCAAGAGGUGUAGCGACGAAGCCCAACAGCAAGCAAGCUCAAGAUGACUGGAUGAAUGCAAACCAAAAGCUCUACAGGUCAGUGCUGAAGAUCCGUGGGCCGCUCGCUGGUGGCUUGCACGAGGACAAUAAUCCUCCUCUCCCUCCGCCUCCUGUUAUCCAAGACGAUGAGCUGGAUGAGUCGUUGAUACAGCUAGAGCAAGCAAUGCGAGACUUAGACCAACCUGAUACGAAUUAUGGAACAGAUCAGCCAAAGGUUCAGGAGGGAAUAGAAGACGUUAGUAUGUCAGUGGAUGGCUACACCCGAGCAAAGAACGCACCGAUUCUGACACUUCCACCACCACCGCCACCACCACAAGUAGCAUUUGCAGCACCACCGCGCCCGCCACCCCCAUCCUCUAUAAUGGGGCAUCCCCACCAGGCAGAGAUUGUUGAUGGAGUUGUAAAUGUUCGGGAUGCAGUAUUGGUAUCCCAGCAACCACCUGUGGAGGAGUUUGCUCAGAUGAAUAUUAAAGAUACACAAAGUGCACCACCACGGCCACCAUCCCCAGGCCCGCCACCAAGACCCCCACCACCAGAGGAACCAGAAGAAGAGGAAGUGCAUUUUCCCAAGCCAAGGCCAGAUCAACCUAUCAUGACAGCUGCAUAUGACCUACAUCAAGAAACCAGCAAGUGGUCCAGUAAGGGCAACGACCUGAUUGCAGCAGCAAAGAAGAUGGCCUUACUGAUGGCAGAAAUGAGCAAGCAUGUCAGAGGGGAAGGUGGUUCUAAGAAGGAACUCAUUGACUGCGCCAAGGCCAUUGCCAAAGCAUCAGAAGAAGUCACCAGAUUAGCCAAAGAGAUCACUAACCGUUGUCCAGACAAGAGAAUGAAAACAAAUCUUUUCCAAGUUUGCGAGCGAAUUCCAACGAUGGCAACGCAACUUAAGAUUCUAUCGACUGUUAAGGCUACAAUGCUAGGAUCCCAAGACACUGAAGAAGACCAAGAAGCCACUGAAAUGCUUGUUGGCAAUGCCCAGAACCUGAUGCAGUCUGUGAAAGAGACGGUGCGAGCAGCCGAGGCAGCUUCCAUCAAAAUCCGUACAGAUGCCGGUCAAAAAUUACGCUGGGUUCGCCGCAAUCCUUGGUACCAGUAGCCGUAAAUUCCAGUUGAUUUUUAGGUAUAAUGCAGAAAGGAACACUGUAUAUAAUUAGAGUAGUUUUUCACUAAUAAUAGUCAUUAAUUAGGGGACAAAGAACCUAAUAGUGAAUAAGUGUUUACUGUUACAAUAUAAAGUAAUUUGAGUGUUUAACAAAUAUUAUUUUUGGUACAUCUAAAUUUUUAGCAAGAGUAAAGUAAUGAAUCAGCUGCAAAUCUACGCCUCUGACAUAACCAUUGUGUAUUCAGGUACUCGGAAAUCAAUUUAAGAACAUACCAUGGCAUAAAAGGACAUUAAUGGUAUUUUUUAUUAUAUAGUGUAUUAUAUAGUAUAUUGGUGGCAUAGAAAAUUGUAUUAAUAAUAUAUUGAACUCUCUGUAACUGCGCUUAAAAUAAUGAUAACCAUAGGAACUUAGCAGUUGCUGUUAGCAUCCUCAACAUUAAGAUUGGUGGCUUGAACCUAUCACUGCGUAUUUUUUUUAUGUCCUUGGGUAAGGCACUUAAACUAUGUUUGUCUCUCCCAACCCUGGGGAAUAAAUUGGUAUAUGGUAGGAUAUUGCUGCACAAUGCAGUAAGAUGAGGGAUACCGUACUCUCCAGGGACAGGGGAAAUUGUGUUUGUCUUCCAAUAUGGAUUCACUGACCAACGGAAAUAUUAACAUCGCCAGCGCUUUAUAUACCAUGGCAAAAGGUGCAGUGUAAGUGUGCUAGGCCUAUUUUAUUAUUUAUUUUUUUUUAAAUAAUAAUAAUUUAUUAUAUCAUUUUUUUUAUUUAUUUAUUUUUUAUUUAUUAUUUUUAUUGUUUAAAAGUGAACUAGAAAUAGAGAACAUUGAUAUAGUCUCAUUGUCUUUGCUGGAACACCAUCACUGCAGUUUUUCCACCUCAAAAAAAAAAAAAAAAUUGCUACUCAAACAAAAUAAGGAAUUUGUUUAGGUUUCAUGAAUUGUUUGUAACAACUUGCAUAUAACCUUGAUGUCAUAUAAUAUAUUAUAUUCCUAUUAUAAGCUGUAAUAUUUGUAAUAAUUAUUAUUUUUGGUUGAAUCUAAUAUAUUUUGUUGGCUUUUACUAUUAUCUUGACUUAGAGCAUAUAGCUACAGUAUAUAGGACAGCAAAAGAUUAAAGUAACUCAUUUUAUUCCAUUUGUUAGUCUUAUAAACUAUAAUUCAAGGAUUUCAUUUAUUUUUGUUAUAUAAAAUAUUGUAACUGAGACAUAAAUACAUACAUAGAUGUAUCUGAUACACCUUGGGCAGAUAAUACAAUAAUGUUAAUCAUGUGAUAUGUGUUCAAACAGAUUUUUCUUGUGUGUUUAAAAACAGUAUCUCUAAUUAGACAAUAUUAAGAUCAAUAUUACUUAAGGUUAACAAAUUUGACUAUGACUGUAGGCAUGUUUUUAUUUUUUUUAUGACCUCUGCUCAUUAUGUCCGAAUGUGCUUGACAAAAUGUGUAACUCACAACAAAUACAUCAGAUUUGUUUCAAAAGUUCUUAAAGGGGUGAUUAUCUAGACCUUUUACAGUAGCUAUGGAUUUUAUAGCAAUUCGCCCCUGUGGCAGAGUGGUUCUCCGCCCUGAAUAAACAACUAUUUACAAACCACUGUUGCCAACAAUACCAAUUUAGCUUAGUUGUCCAGCGUCUGAACUGUAUUUUAAAAGGUCGCUGGCUUGAUCUCUACAACAAGCAGCCCUUAAUAAUAAUUUUUUUAAAAUUAUUAUUCAUAAAGGUAGACUAGUUUACAACCUUUUUCCAAGAUAAUUAAUUUUAUUUUAAAAGAGAAAUAGAUUAUUUGUAGAGAUCAGCUUUAGAUGAAGAAAGUAACGAGCACAUUUUUAGUAUGAACUAAAGUUUGAAAUUUUAUAGAAUUUUAACUUAUAGAAUAUUUAUAUUGCAACUCUAAUUUAGUUAUGAAAAAUUGAGAUGAAUUAAAAAUAUAUUUAGCCAAUAGUUUAUUAUUUUUACUAUCUAUUUACACCUGGGGCAUGCACAUAGCAGCUUAUUGCACAACACAAAUUACUGAUUUCUGUGAGACAUUGAUAAAGCAGUAAAAAGGUGCAAAUAUUAUAAAUUUGGUGGGUCAUUUUUCAGGAGAUUAAUGCAAGCUUGGGAGUGCAGGAGGCCAUCUCGAUUUCUGACUUGCAUCAUAGCUCACAUUUUUUAAGACAAAGGUGUAAAAAUGUUGGUAAAAUGUGAAUGUGUUAUCAGUGGUCAUGUACAGUUCACAGAGACCAUGCUGUUGUUCAUACAAGUCUCUCUGAAAUCUCACCAUACGAUGAAAUAAUUUACUUUACAGUAAUAUCUCCAAAUUACAUACCCUCUUUCAGAAGAAAUUGUAGUUAAAGUUGGUAUAAUUUUAAAAAUUAUUAUUAUACAUUGAUUUUGAACUUUGAUAUUGUAUACACAUGCAAAUAGAGAAAUUAAUUAAUGAAAUUAAAUAUUAUUUAUUGAUUAAUUUAGUGUAAAGCAAUAUCAUUAUGUAUCAUUCAAUGUCCAAUUUACGCCAUGUAUUUAAAAGUAUCAAAUUAUAUAACUAUUACAAAGUAGAAAGUAAACAUUUGCUAUGUUGUUUCACUUUUAAUACAAUUAUUUUUAUUUUUAUUAUUAAAAACAAUCUUGUACCUAAACAUUGACUAAAUACAAUAUUUUAAUUAGUAUCAGUGCUACUGUAUCGGAAUGCUUUCAUAGAAUGUAAUGCUUUGUGUGUGUAAGGUUUAUCAUCAGUGAAUCAGUCUCCUGUUCAAAAUGGUGCUAAUAAAAUAACCAUCAGCAAA